UUGAGUCCUGUGCUAGGGCUGUUCCAUUACUUGGCUACAAUGGGGAUGGAAAAUGUACAACUUUAAUUUACAGCACAAUGUAAUACAACUAGGCCGUAUAAAAACGACUACAUGUAAAAUAAAUAGGCAAAGAGUCUGAAAAACGGUAUGGUGAAAUUAUUUUACUCGAGGGGGCAUGUGUGGAAUCUGAAGGCGGAUUUUUAAAGAAAUCACCGGACAGACGAUAAGAAAGGACUGCGCUGUGAGUCUGGUUCAGGUUUUCACUAGCUGGUUGUGUGACGCAGAUUGUGGACUGAAUACAUCGAGACGGGACGAUGAGUGAACUGGAACAGUUGCGGCAGGAAGCAGAGCAACUGCGUAACCAAAUAAGAGAUGCCCGGAAAGCAUGUAGCGAUUCCACUCUGUCCCAGAUCACAGCUGGUCUGGAUUCUGUGGGUCGGAUCCAGAUGAGAACACGACGCACGCUGAGGGGUCAUUUAGCCAAAAUCUACGCAAUGCAUUGGGGAUCAGACUCCAGGCUACUUGUCAGUGCUUCUCAAGAUGGCAAACUAAUUAUUUGGGACAGUUACACAACAAACAAGAUGCAUGCCAUUCCUCUGAGGUCAUCCUGGGUCAUGACCUGUGCCUAUGCUCCCUCUGGAAACUAUGUUGCCUGUGGUGGCUUGGACAACAUCUGCUCAAUAUACAGCCUAAAAACCAGAGAGGGCAAUGUUAGAGUCACCAGAGAGUUACCAGGGCAUACAGGUUAUUUAUCUUGCUGUCGUUUUUUGGAUGACAACCAGAUUGUGACCAGCUCAGGAGACACAACCUGUGCUUUAUGGGACAUUGAGACUGGCCAACAGACUACUACGUUCACAGGCCACACUGGAGACGUCAUGAGCUUGUCCCUGAGCCCCGACAUGAAGACGUUUGUAUCUGGUGCUUGCGACGCUUCGUCUAAACUGUGGGACGUUCGAGACGGAAUGUGCAGGCAGUCAUUUACUGGCCACGUGUCCGACAUCAACGCUGUUUGUUUCUUCCCCAAUGGAAAUGCCUUCACCACAGGCUCAGACGAUGCCACCUGCCGGUUGUUUGACCUGCGGGCCGACCAGGAGUUAAUGAUGUACUCCCACGACAACAUCAUCUGUGGAAUCACCUCUGUAGCUUUCUCAAAAAGUGGCCGACUCUUGCUUGCAGGCUAUGAUGAUUUCAACUGCAAUGUGUGGGACACCUUGAAGGGAGAGCGUGCUGGUGUUCUUGCUGGCCACGAUAACCGUGUGAGCUGUUUAGGAGUUACUGAUGAUGGCAUGGCUGUAGCCACAGGAUCUUGGGACAGUUUCCUUAGAAUCUGGAAUUAACCAGGUUGGGGGAUACAAAGGUUAACUAUAUAUCCUCCGCUGAGAUCCAGGGGGAGUCACUGCUGCAGCCUACAGCUGUGAGAAAGUAAUGUUCUUUCUACCUUGUAUUUCCAGGUGGAAGUUUUUUCUAUUCACUUACUACACAAAGGUUUCAGUAAAUAGUCCGAUCGAAUGAAGAAAUGAAAAAUUAACCCUGGCAAACCUCUGACUUUUGACAGGGGCUAGCAUGUUACCAUGGUGACCAAGAAGCUAGGAGCCAGUCAUUGUUGCAUACAUAACAAAUAUUAUUAUUAUUAUUAUUAUUAUUUUUUUUUUUUUUUAUUGCCCGACCCUAGAUUUUUGUGUUUUUUUUUCUUAAUUCUCAAACAUUUUAUUUUGUACAUACACCAAAUAGUAGCCAAUCAUUUGUCUGUAUGCAAAAAAACAAAACAACUUUUUUUCGUAAGAAUUAAGUUUUAUAGCUUGUAUUUAACCUGAGAUGUCACACUUUGGUUGUGGAUGAACUGAUUGCUGUUAUACAAUUUCUUAGUGGACUACUUAACUUUGGAUAAAGGUUAGCCUAAGCCUUGUUUUGUGUUAAUAUUUGCCAGCUAUUUUGAUAAUGGUUGCUUGAAUCUUAAUCUGGUGGUGCCUCUUCGGUGAUGAAUACAGUAUUUAUGAUAGUUUCUUCUUACUGCCCCUGCCCCACCAUUUGAAUAUGUGGCUCUCUUUUUUCAUUACUUUAUUUGUAAACUAAGAAUGGGUUAAUACAGAAAAUGAACAAGACUAGAAAAACAACUCGUGGGGUCUUGGUCUUCACUUUUAUUAUGAUUUAUUUUUAUUUUUCAAGUUUUAAAUGAACGGCAUAUUUAUUAUUAAACUGAAAUUUUACAGAGCUAUUGAUAAUCCCUCCCCCCCCCCCAUACAGCAGUUGGCUCACUUCUGGCAGUCUGGUAUCUUCCUAUUGAUGUAAGUUUUUAAAUAUUAAAAUAAUAUUUCUCAUGAAAAGUACUGAAGUACUGUUGCCAGGACUGCGAAGUGCGCAGGCAGGCAGUUCAGUCUCUUUAGAAGCAGGUUUGAAUCUCUGCUCAGACACAGAUCUACUGAGUAAUUUGACCUUGACUAGGUAAAGGCAGCAGGACCACGACUAAAUUUUAAGAACCUGAAUCUGUUUAGUUAUAAUUUUAUAUGCAUAUUUCCAUGUUUCCUGUGUUCAAUUUUGACUUUGAGUUAUUUUUUAUUAUAUGAAUGCCAGUAUUGGCUAAUUUUUAUAAUGUAGCAUGAUAUGUAGUUUAUUCCUGCUGAUGCAGGGAUUUUCCUCAGCAUUCAAUAAGAAGACCGCAGAUAGCCAAAGCCCCUCUGAGCCUUCAUUCAGCAUUACCCCCCUCUUUGAAUAAAUAAAUGAAUUGCAUAUCCCUGCUAACCACUUAGUGCCACUACUGGGUAGUAGGCAUUCUGUCUGUAAAUGCUUUCUUUUAAUCUUGUGUCUGUAAUCGCUAUGUGCAGUGUUUUCUAAACACAAAUGUUUCAAGCAGUAAGAAUGGUUUGUACAGUGAACAAAAAAAAAAUGCAUGCAACAAUAGUUCAAAUGUAACCAGAAAGCACAUUUAGCAUUUGAUUUGUCAUUUAAAAAAAAUAAAAUAAAAAUAAAAAAUAAAUAAUAAAAUAAUCCAAACAUCAUUCAAACUGACAAGGUAAAGAUCUAGUUUAUUUUACUUUAAGUCCUGGGGCAGUAUAGAAAACAUCAUUUUGCCAGCGUUUCAGGACAUGUUUCCUUAAAUCUUUAGAGUUAGUGGGAGGCAGUGGUGUGCUAGUUCUUUUAGGACUUGUUUAGUUUUCACAAAGCAGUGCUGAUUUAUUUUUUGCCCGAUUUUCUAAUGAUCACAGAUAGGAAUGCACAACAGUGAUGGGUAGUGGCACAGCACACAUUUGUUUUGCCUUACAGCUUUCUUUAGAUUCUGAAGAAAAUAGUUUUGAGUUGAAAGAACAGGUUGGUUUCAUUAUGAAGCAUUCUACCAGAUGUAGGCAGUAUGAUAGUGCCUGCCAGCCCCACAUCAAAAAGGGUAAACAUGAUAUUUAAGGUUGUCAUUAGCUUCAUGAAUAAUCCAGAGUCUCUGACCUGUACCAGAAGAUUAUUCCAUACUCCCCAUGCCUGUGCCCUUCAGACUACGCCUAUAAAGUAAAUAUAUUUUUGUUAAUGUGCCAAUAAAUGUGCCAACAGGGAGAAUUCUGCACUUUGGGGAAAGCAGAUAAUAGUAUUUUAAAUACAACCGUAUUUAGAAAAACUCUGGGACCAAAUUAAAUUGGAAAACAACACUAAAGAAACCACAAAGAGGUAUCCAGUAAUUUGGUUUCUUAAAACCUAGGUACAUUUAAAGUGUUCUGCUUUUCAGAGAUGUAAUAUGAAAUGUAAUAUGCAGCUCCUUCGUUUUCAGGCAGUUUUCUGUAAAUCAUUGUAUCAAGUUGAAUAGAUGGGUUACUUGCUACAGUUACUACUAAAAUGUUUAUUAUAUUUAUUGAUUAUUAAGAAAUUCUUAAUCAUGUAGUGAUUUAUGGUAGCAAUUGUGAGUUUUAGCUGCAUCACCCUGAUUUUUAUUAUUACUAUUUUUAAGCAUUUCUAAGUAUACAUAUAUUGAGAAUUGUGUGGUUUCCAGAAAAAUCAUUAAAGUAACAGUUAGGUAUAGUGUAUUGCAACAAGUACUAAGUGUUGAAAGAAUUUUUACUGUAACAUGGUGUCAAAUUCUAUGCUUCAUUUUGCUUUGUCUAAAACUACAAAUGUUUUUAUAUUCUGCCCCCAUAAAUCUGUAUUAAAAAAAAAAAAAAAAAAAAAAA